AUGGAAGGGAAAUCUUCAAUGCAGAAAAAAGCAGCCGUCGGGAAGAAAUUAAACGGUGGUAAGCAUGUAAUUAGAGGGAGGCGAGGAGGUGCCUCUCACAAAAUGGGGAAAGAGAUGGGAAAACAGAAAGGAAGACCAAAUAGAGAAGGAAGAGGUGGUGCAGAGAUGGAGUGUGGCGCACCCAGGAAUGGGAAGUAUUAUAACCCCCAGAUGAAGGGGAAAGCAACCCAUUCAAGAUUUAACAGUAGCAUGUUCCGAAAGGGUCAUCGAAGUGGUAACAUGCAAGGUGUAGCUGGAAAGGGAAAGCACAAGAGUGGCCUCCAUGGAGGAGGAAGAAAAAGUAGAAAUGGCGCAGAAAGGUACCCCUAUGAGGGGAUAUCUACAGAGGAAGCGGCAAAUCUGGACGAUGAAAAUGCUCCUCACACAUUUAGUGAUGCGUACUACUACGAAAACGAGAGCUCGGCGGCAAGCGAGGGAGAACCCCCCAUGGAGCAAACGAACCAUGCAGAGGAAACAACAAGUCGAAAGGACCCACCUAUUAACAGUGACCAACAACCGACCAUGGAUUACGUGGAAUAUAUGAACAACCUCAAAAAGGGAGAAGAUCCAAAAGGUGAUGAAGAAAACACAUUGGACUCUCCUGAAGGGAAGGAAGAAGUUGGUAGACACGUAUCCGGUGAUGAGGAUCAAGUAUCAGUUGGUGAGGAUGAAAAAGGAAUUUUCAAAAUUUUCCUUCUGUUCUCCCCGCUCGCUAUUACAAGCAUAAGAAACAGAAGCUGCGUUAUAAAUGCUGAUGAGCACAUGUCAUUUCUGGAGAACCAAUUAAAGACAGUGGAGGAUUUACUGUCCAAUGCAAGGAGUGCAAAGGAGAAUUCGUUCCUCAGGACCAAAGUGGAAACAAUAAAAAAUAAACUGAAGAACGUACGGUUGGAUAUUCUUUUUUUUACUUUGCUAUCUUUACGAGACAGUGUUAUUAACAAAAGGGGGAAGCUGCAAAUAUAUGUGCAUACAGUUAACGGGUUACUAAUUUUUGUGUCCCCAUCAUUUCGCGUACCUCGAAGUUUUUCCCUUUUUAAAAAGGUCAUGUUAAAUUUGAUGCUGCGGAAUGUCGUGCUCGACCCGGACGGGCGUCCACUGUUGAAGGUUCUCCCCGAGCCGGUCAAGCACUACGUGGGGUCCUCCGUCUGCAUCGGAAUUUCAAACAUGGGUUUUCCCGCAGAUGUUAAGAAGCUAUCCAAAAAGAUAAAGGAGACAAAGAACGAAUAUUCCUUUUUCCUUUCUCUGUCCACCGCAUUUGAUAUAACACACUUUAUCGAAUCCAUUUCCAAGACUGAUUCUGAGUGUUUCCCCUUCGACUACAUCAUUCGCGUGUCGGACCUCCCUCUAUCCACAGUUGCCGUUUGUUCCAAGCUAACGCAUUUUUUAAAUGAAUAA